UAGGUUCCCGCCGGCCUGUCCUCCGCCUCCGACCACACAUGUUGGGUGCGUUUCGUCCAACGUCCGUCUCGUUUGGCGGUUUGCUCUGGAAAGUACCAUGGAAACUGUCACCAACAAGGAAAGCAAAUGCCCGUGCGCGGUUAAAGAGAGUUGACGCGGUCAUUGAAGCCGUACGGGAAAGUGGCAUCCAAUGCAAUGCCUUGGACCGUGCACUUCAACUUCCCAGAGAACAUGAAAUGCACCCGCGGGACAAGUACACGGUAUUCAGUCCUACCUCUAGCGGCUAUCGUAAGGGCAUUCACAAGGUGCCGAAGUGGACAAGAUUGACGCUGAGAGUCAACCCGAAGGGAUUUUAACAAUUGCUACACUACUUUUCCACUGGGCAGCCGCAUUAUGUAUGUGACGAGACCAAAUAUGUAUUGCAGUAGUCGCCCGCUAAAACAAGACGACCUGGAUCCUUCCUUCCUU